AUGGCUUUCCACGCCAUCAUUGCCCUCGCGCUCUUCGCUGGCUCUGUUGUCGGACAGCAACAGGUGUAUCAGCAAUGUGGUGGUAUUGGAUGGUCCGGAGGAACGACGUGCGCGUCGGGAUCCGUGUGCACUUUCGUCAAUGCCUACUACUCGCAAUGUCUUCCGGGUACCGCGUCGACCUCUAGCACUUCAACCGCUCCUACCUCGACAUCGACCGCACCUUCGACCACAACUUCGACGGCGCCUGCGCAAACAAGCCUUGCGAACAUCUCGCCCGAAUGGGCUACCGCCUAUGUCAAGGCGAAGGCCGCCGUUGCAAAACUUUCCCUCACUGACAAAGUAAACUUAGGAACAGGUGUGCAGUGGGAGAAAGGACCCUGUGUUGGAAACACGCCUGCAAUCUCGGCUCUGUCUGGGUUCGGAGGACUUUGUCUUCAAGACAGCCCUGUUGGUGUGCGUUACGCGGACCUGGUAUCUGCGUUCCCUCCCGAAAUCAAUGUUGCGGCCACGUUCAACCGCACUUUGAUGAGGCAACGCGGAGCAGCCAUGGGUGCUGAGUUUAAGGGCAAGGGUGUCCACGUUGCCCUCGGCCCUAUGAUGAACUUGAUGCGCGCUCCAGCCGCUGGUCGCAACUGGGAAGGAGGAGGAGGCGAUCCCUUCCUUUCCGGAGAGUUGGCGUUUGAGACCGUCACCGGUAUCCAGAGCGCUGGCGUCCAAGCAUGCGCGAAGCAUUACAUCAACAAUGAGCAAGAACAUUUCCGUGACAGCAGCUCUUCCCAGGUUGAUGACAGGACGCAACAUGAGCUUUACAGCUACCCAUUCCUGCGUAGCGUCCAAGCCAAUGUCGCCUCCGUCAUGUGCAGUUACAAUCAAAUCAACGGAACUUACUCCUGCGAGAACGAUGCUACCCUGAACGGACUGCUCAAGGGUGAAUUCGGCUUCCAGGGUUACGUAAUGUCGACUGGAUUGAACUUACUCUUCAGUCCGCAGAUGACCAUGCCAGGUGACACUACCAUCAACUCUGGACAAACCUACUUCGGACAAAAUUUGGUCAACGCAGUUCAGAGUGGACAAGUUUCUGAGGGUCGCAUUGAUGAUCUCGCGACGCGUAUUUUGGCGGCGUAUUACCUCCUUGGUCAAGAUUCCGGUUUCCCUGCCGUCAACUUCAACUCUUGGAGCAGUGGUCAGGGCUCGCAUGUCAACGUGCAGGCCGAUCACAAGAAUAUUAUCCGCGAAAUCGGCGCCGCUUCUACAGUGCUGCUCAAAAACAGUGGCGGUGUUCUCCCGCUCACCACCCCGAAGACCAUUGCUGUUGUCGGGAAUGGGGCCGGUAACUCCUCCCGUGGUCCCAAUGGAUACUCAGAUCGUAGCGGCGAUGAUGGUGUUCUGGCUGUGGGCUGGGGAAGCGGCACUGACGAUUUCCCAUAUCUCAUUGCUCCCAUAGAUGCUAUCACCACACGCGCCAAGCAAGACAGCACAAAAGUCUCAUCUUCACUGAGUGACACCGACCUCUCGUCGGCUGCACGCGUCGCUACCGGCGCGGAUGUCGCGUUCGUCUUCCUCACGGCAGACAGCGGCGAGGGCUAUAUUACUGUCGAGAACAACGCGGGUGACCGCAAUAACCUCAAUGCCUGGCACAGCGGGGACGCGCUCGUGAAGCAGGUGGCCAGCGUGAACAAGAACACGAUCGUUGUCGUCAACACCGUCGGGCCCAUCCUCGUUGAAGCCUGGAUUGACCACCCCAACGUGACGGGCCUUGUCUGGAGCGGCCUCCCAGGGCAAGAAGCCGGGAAUUCGCUCGUCGAUGUUCUCUAUGGCGCAUACAACCCUUCCGGUCGCCUGCCGUACACAAUCGGAAAGGCUGUCACAGACUACUCCGCGCAGGUCAUCACCUCCGGCAGCGGCAUCGUCCCGAUUCCAUACAACGAGGGCCUAUUCAUCGACUACCGGCACUUCGACAGCGCCAAGAUCGCGCCUCGCUACGAGUUCGGCUUUGGUCUGUCUUACACCACCUUCGACUACUCCAACCUGAAGAUCUCCGGUUCGACCGCGGGUGGUACUCGUCAGCGGAACGGCCCCGGCGUCGCGCUCGACCCGUGGUUGCACGAGGAUGUCGUGACUGUCAGCUUCACUCUGACCAACAACGGCACCGUUGCCGGCCACGAGAUCCCUCAACUUGUAUUCCUUGCUCCCGGGAAAUCGACCACGGUGUCCAUGGACCUCUCGCGCCUCGACUUUGCCAUCUGGGACGUGACGUCGCAGAGUUGGCAGAUACCCACGGGCAAGACGGGCAUCUCCAUCGGCGCGAGCAGCAGGGACCUCAGGUUGUCAGGGUCGUUGACGAAUUAA